AUGAUCCGGGACUUUAGAUACAGUUUUUGCUUGGGUGUUUUCUUAGGUUUUUUUUUUUCUUUCUCUUUUUUUUUUUUAUUUUUCUUCUUUCUUUUCAUUUUUCUUUUCUUUUCUCUUUUUGUUUUUUCUUUUCUUUCUUUUUUCUUUAUUUUUCCUAUCUUUCUUCUUUUUUUCUUUUCUUUUCUCUUGUUUUUUCUUUUUUCUUUUCUUCUUUUCUUCUUUUCUUUUGUCAUUUCUUUUUUCAUUUUCUUUUUCUUUUCUUUUCUCUUCUUUUUUUCUUUCGUUUCUUUUUUCUUUAUUUUUCCUAUUUUUCUUCUUUUUUCUUUUCUUUUUGUUUUUUCUUUUUCUUCUUUCUUCUUUUCUUUCUUCAUUUCUUUUUUUUUCUUUUCUUAUUUUCUUUUUUCUGUCAUUUUUCAUUUUUUUUUUUUUUUCCUUCUUUUUCUUUUUUUCACUUCAGGACACAUAUCUAUAUCACCCUACUUCCCCGACACACCGUGCGAAACUUACCCACCCUUGUUUUCUGAACAAUUUAAUAUACCCGGCAUGUGGCUGGCACCUGCCUGGGCACACCAAAUACAAGCGCAGGUGUAUCUUGACACAAACACCUGUAAGCGAAGUCCGCCACCCCUACCCUCGCUACUUAACCGCCACUCGCCUAUCUCCUUCGCCUUCCCCUUCUAUUACGGUCCCCUACUCUCACUAAUGCGACCUCCGCGCUCACUUUCCCACUCAAGCCCUGUCACCCCCCCCCCACACACACACAGCACAAUCCCGCUGCCUUACGCUGUUGUUCGAUCGCAUGACCUUGUCGCCGGUCGAGCUCGUACUCUUGAUGAGAGAGACCAAUCAGAAGGUGCCACGUCAUCAGAAGAUACCAGUAGACGCGGAAAGGAAAUGACGUCUUUUUAG